AUGUAUCCUAAUCAACAAUAUCCCGGCCAAGGCGGAGGAUCAAAUGCUCCAUAUCCACAGCAACCACCACAAAACGCCGGUGGAGCACAACGACCACAACAGCCGCCUAUUGGUAAUCCAUCACCUUACAAUAUUGGAACUGGUUUAACAGGGGGUCAUCAACCAAAUAUAUCAGGACCACAUGGUAGUAAUCAAGGUGGAUACGGCAGCUCUGGCAACCCAUACGGACAAAGUUCUGGUAAUCCAUACGCACAAGGCUCUAAUCCUCAAGGAGGAAAUCCUUAUGCACAAAGUGGCUAUGGUAUGUCUGGUGGAGGUAGUGGUCCCGGUGGUUAUCCUGCAUCUGGUACACAAUCACAUGGUAAUAAUCCAUAUGCUCAAAAUCCCAGUACUACAGGAGCUGGAUAUCCUCCUUCACAAAGUGGAGGUUACCCACCACAAAGUGGUGGUUAUCCACCACAAAGCGGCGGUUACCCACCACAAAGUGGUGGUUAUCCACCACAAAGUGGCGGUUAUCCACCACAGAGUGGUGGUUAUCCACCACAAAGCGGCGGUUAUCCAUCACAGAGCGGAGGUUAUCAACCAAGACCAGGUGGCUAUCCUUCUCCAAGUGGUGGCUAUCCACCUCAAAGUGGUGGUUAUCCACCCCAAAGUGGUGGUUAUCCAGGUCAACAGCCACCGCAUCCAUCACAAGGUGGUUUUCCAGGAAGUCAACCAAGUGGUAGUUUUGGUGGUCCAGCAAUGGGUCCUCAGAGUGGUGGUAUUAUGCCAAAUGAUCAACGUGCACAACAACUAAAUCAAGUUAUUCAAAGAUAUGAAAUUAGUUCACAAAUAGCUGCACGUUUACAUAUACUUGGUAAUUGUGAAAUUGUUGUUCUGUGUGAUGACUCAGGUAGUAUGAAUACACCACUUCAAGGUAGUAAUCAAACACGAUGGGAUGAACUAAAAUCUAUCGUUAACAUUGUCGUUGAUAUCGCUGCAAUUAUGGAUUCUAAUGGUGUUGAUGUUUAUUUCUUAAAUCGAGAUCCUGUACUUAAUGUAACCAAUCCACAAAAUAUGCGUCAUGUCUUUAAUUCACCACCAAAAGGUUUAACUCCACUUGUACCAGCAUUACGAAAAAUUCUUGCAGCUAAACGUAGUUUAACAUUUGAAAAGAAACUAUUAAUUCUUAUUGCUACUGAUGGAGCACCAACAAAUGAGCAGGGUAAAACAGAUAUUGGUACAUUAGAAGCUGUUUUACGAAAUGAACGUACACCACAAACUUAUAUUACAUUUUUGGCAUGUACAGAUGAUCUUGAUUCUGUAAAUUAUUUAUCGAAUUGGGAUAAAUCAAUGCCUAAUUUGGAUGUUAUUGAUGAUUAUCGUUCGGAACGAGCUGAAAUUCAACGAACACGUGGGGCAAAUUUUCCAUUUUCUUUUGGUGAUUAUAUUGUCAAAUCUUUACUAGGUUCUUUGGAUCCUUGGUUUGAUUCAUUGGAUGAACGUGCCUAA